GGUAGAUAAAGAUACUCCUCCAGAACUGCUGUAUAAAUGAGUCCUGUACCGGAAACCUUCUCUUCCAAAAACAUGCGCGCAAAGUAAAAUACUGCAACGUUGCUAGCACUUAACGAAGUUCACACACGAUAAAUACCCAUGGCGACAUAGAGGUGGCGCUGUAACGAACCCCCCUGCAUGUUUUCCGGGCCGCUUUCGUGUCAGAGAUCAAUCGGCGCGGAUUCGCACUUGCUUCCGGUAUCUCCAACAUGGCGGCUGCGGGCUGGUUCUCGUGCCGGCGGUUCCCGCGCUUCGCCUCGACGCUCGGGCAGCUGAUGGCGCGACCGCGCGCGGCUCCUCUCGGCAAUGCAGCGCGCUGGCUCACGGGGACGGCGAGGACGCGCGCGCCCGACAAGGGAUCUUGGGGCCGCAGCCGGAGCGCGGAGCAGAGCCACCUGACGGAGUUGGACAAGGCGGACGCGCUGAUGCUGAGAAAGUCGCACGAGACAGGUUUCCUCUCUUGGUUUCGCAACGGUCUCCUGGCCACGGGCAUCGGGGUCAUCGCGUUCGUGCAGAGCGACGUCGGGCGAGAGGCCGGAUACGCUUUCUUCAUCCUGGGCGGCGUGUGCGUGUCAUUCGGCGCCGCCUCCUACCUGAUGAACCUCUUCACCCUUCGCCGCAUCAUGCUGCUGUCGAUGCCCGCCGCCCUCGUGCACAGCCUGGUGGUGGGCAGCAUGGGCCUCUUCUGGCUGUGCGCCGUCUCGCUGUACAUCGGCCGCCUCGAGGUGGAGAUCAUCCGCGAAGACGAGGAGGAGGAGGAGGAGGAGCGCCGGGAGAGCACGGACUGCGAGGAGUGUGCUGCGCGGCGGGCGGGGCGCCAGCCGGGCGGCAGAGGGCAGGACAAGUGAGGCUCGCGAGGGGUGUCUGGCGCAGGGGCACGUGGGUAGCUGCAACGAGCAUCCCCUCCCUGAAGACCAUCAGCUCUUACAUGUGAAAGUGUAGCUGACUGCUGCUGAUUUGGGCCAUUCUUCUGUUGCAGCAUGUAAGCGCGUGUGUGUGUGUGUGUGUGUGUGUGUGUUUAACAGGUGAACAAUGACUGUGAAACAGAGCUCCUUCGCUUCCCAAACCUCCUCCCAGAUGUCGCAGCUGUAGACUGUAGGAGCUCCGCCAUGUUUCUGUUUCAGGCUCCUCGCGACGGAGCCCAAAGCUCUUUUCGGAGCCGCUCUCCGGCUCGGGAAUUUCUGCAGGAACAUCUACGUGAGAAAAUGUUUUGCCUGUUGUUGAUGGGGUUUAAUCUCAUCUGUUGUAUAGCGAUAACUGAAUUCAGGGUCACUGUUUCUCUCGCGGGGGGCACGGUGGCGCGGUGGGUUGGAUCGGGUCCUGUUCUCCGGUAGGUCUGGGGUUCGGGUCCCGCUUGGGGCGCCUUGCGACGGACUGGCGUCCCGUCCGAGGUGCGUCCCCUCCCCCUCCGGCCUUGCGCCCUGUGUUGCCGGGUUAGGCUCCGGCUCCCCGUGACCCCGUAGGACAAGUGGUUUCAGACUGUGUGUGUGUGUGUUUCUCUUGCACGUAAGUGCUGAAAGCGUGCAGCUCCUUCGCGUGUCUCUCGCAGCGUGGGCCACAAUCCUCAGUAAGCUGGAGUGUGUGCAAUCGUAGGGACUGUUGCUUCCCGGUCCAGGGACAUCACAGCUGAACUGAAAUUGCUACUUAUCCCAGACGUGAGUUUUUCCUAAAUUUGAGUUUCUCCGUGUGUGUGAGCGAGAGAGACCCGGUAGGGAUCGAGGGCUCGGAAGAGGCACGGACGAGCGGGGUGAAGUGAAGCGCGCCCCCGGCGGCUCGCACCCCGGGCACUUCGGAGCAGGACCGCUCUGUGUAAUCGUGACCUCGCGCGACCUCGGCGCUGUACCCGCACGCGUGGGCCGUGCCGCGAGAUGCUUCGCUUUCAACCUUGGAGAACGUGGGCAAUCGGGGAACGAUAGAGUUGCGCGAUUUUGUCGCGGAUGUUUGGGGCGGGAAAUCUGGUGCAAAAACUUGACGUGUUUUAUUGUCGGCUGCGAGGCGGAAAUGUCCCUGUGGCGUCCAAGGAGCACUUUGCGGUCGCGUGUUCCUUCGACGCGUUCAACGGACGUGGUUCCUGAGCGGGACCGGUCGUCACCGGGCGUCUUCGUUACUGUGCGAGUUGCUCUCAUCGGUUUUUCCUCAUCCGAAAUCUUUUUUUCAAUAAUAGUAAUAAUGAUAAUUAUAAGACUGCCUUUUAUGUGGUGAGGAAGUGCGCCGAACAGCGCAAUAUGCACUCGUAGAGUUAAGAAGAGAAGUGCCUCCUUCUCCUCCUCCUGCACCUGAGCUCCAGGCUUUUAUGAAGAGUCCGGCAGAUGGUGGCACUCGUCACUUUUUCCGGCCGCGUUGCCGCGCUUACUUUUCCGAAGGAGAUCCCGGAGCUGUUUUAGCUGCAGUCGUCCCGCUUGGACAUCGAUUUUGGGGUUUUCGUUCUCAGCGCAAGAGCCUCGUUUUCCUCUAAGGGCCUUUAAGGUCGCUCUUUGCUUUGAGCCGGAGCCGCUUGGCCGGGGUACCGCGUAGCGCCUCCUGUCUCCGUGUUUCUUUUAGUCGUAUGGAAAUCUUGGAACUGCACCGAUUCCCGUGACGUCUUCAUCCUCGCAAUGUAGAAUUAUAUUCAUGGUGACGAGUUUGCCCGAUUUGAAGACUUUUGUAUAGAGCUGUCGUUUAUGUUAUCGUUGGCGUUGUUCAUAAGGAGUCGGCAACAUGUACAUUUCACAUACUCGACAGCGAUCGGUCUACACCUGAGGACCGUCAGUCCCGGGUGACUUCGGCGAAGCGUGAUGCAGGUAAUCCGACUCGUUCUGGUCUUUUACCUCUGCGGCGGCCCUUUAACGCAACCGGUUGUGCCGUCUCUGGUUUCUUUUCUUUUAACGCAAGUGGGACACUUUAAGCUUCCGCUCACGUCCAGGUUUGGGUUAGUGAACCUGUCUGCCGCUUUCGCCUUUGCUCUGUUGUUCUGCGUAAUUGUUUUACGAGGAGAGAUGCGCCGUAAAGGCCCUCCCGUCCACUCUUCGGCCGGGAGAGCCGGUCCGAGGCCCGCGCCUGUGUUCCCGGGUACCGUGGAGGGCGGUAGCGGACGUGGACUCGAGCGUGUGGGCUCAGCGACUAGUUGUUCCCGGAGAGGAGAGUCUCACCGGAGGCUCAUUGAAGCCGUGGUUGAUACCAUGACAUAAUAAUAAGUUAGUUUGUUUGCAUUCAACCUUAAUGAUAAUGAGUAAUUCGGUUCAGAUUUAAUAAAAUGAAUGUGCGGGGGCUGGUUAGCGGACUCUGCGUGCGUGCGUGCGUGCGUGCGUGCGUGCGUGCGUGUGUGUGUGUGUGUUAAAUACCCCCUUUUGGUGAAGUCUCAUUAAAGCAGCAGCCCUAGGAGCUGGUGGGUCUGGACACGGUUCCGUACACCGAGUGACUGACGUGGUAAAUUUGCUUUUUAUUCUUUCACACAAAUUGACUUCCAAUGAAAGUCUUUGUGUAACAGAAGAUCUGGCAGAACUGUGAAGGUAAAGCUAUAUGUGUAAGUGCCCCCCCCCCCGCAAGGGCUCUCUGUAGCUGAGUUGUGCCCCCACCCCUGGCUUUCCUUUCCCCUCAUAUAGGACUGCAUGGUUCUGCAUGACCUUCUGUGUUGCUUUCUGUAUACGCAACAUAAUAAACAUGUAAAUAAGAUGAUUAAAUUAUAAAGGCAACUUUCAGCAAGACGUGUUUACGAGUGGUUUGUGGGCAGAUGCCCUGGAGCUUGGUGAGCGGGGGCAUCGGGACGUUUUGGUGCCUCUUUUGGGCCGGUGCAGCAGCUCUCUCUCUGUAGCUCUGUGUGUGUGUGCGCGCGUGUGUGUGCGCGUGCGUGCGCCGCUUUACCGGCGGUGUGACCAU